GGGUGCAUGAGCUUUAAUGUCGGUUACUUUUGCAAACGAAUUCUACAUAACAAUGCAUAGAAACAAUAUUAAAGUGGCUCGAUAAUGAAAGCUCACUCAAAGGAAAAGCAAAAGUAACCCAUUCUUCUUUGACUGCUUAAUCACACUUCUACAAAAAUUGCAUAUGUCAUAGGAGUGUAUAUAUAUGUAUGCAAAUGCAACUUGAUAAUAGCAAUCAUUAAUCACAAUUAAACCUUUUGCUUUCACACCGUGACAGUGAGUAUUCAUAUAUUAAUUCCUCCCUUUCCAUGCUUUUACCCUGCCAUCUCUAAAAAACCCUAACCCCAUACCCAAGAUUUCCCUCCUUUUCCCUACUUUUUUCAAACUACCCUCCAAAUAAAUAUCAGCCCCUAUUGCAAUACCAAAAUCAAGAAAUGGGUAACUGCCUGUUCGGCGGUAUGGGAGACGGCGUCGGUGGCGGCGAAGUCAUCAAAGUGACCACCGCGAACGGGGGCGUGAUGGAGUUCCACGCCCCUGUCACGGUGGAAUCCAUCACCGACGAGUUCCCAGGCCACGCCAUAUUUCGGAGCCAGGACCUCUUCUGGAAGCCGCUCCUCCACAGCGAUGUCCUCGCCGCCGGGGAGUCGUACCACCUCCUACCGCUACUUGAGAGCAGCGGUGGGAAGGCGCGGGUGGGGCACGUGAGGGCCAACAGCGCACCUCCGCAGCAGGUGGGGUCGGCGCAGUACAGGAUGUCGGUGGACAGCAGGGGGUUGGGGAAGAGGACGGCGGAGGAGGCAGGGGCAGCAGCGCGGGAGUUUUGGAAGGUGAAGCUAGUGAUCAGCACGGAGCAGCUGCUGGAGAUACUGGCGGAGGAAGGGAAGACAGAGGAGCUGAUCGAAAGCGUUAGGACAGUCGCAAAGUGUGGGAGUGGGUUGGGAGGAUUUUCCGACCAUUGGAGCCUUUCCAGUAGCAAGAGGAGCAGGAAUGCAGCUUCUUCCAAUAACGAUAGCAGCUUGUUAGAGUUUUGAAUUAUCUUCUUUUUCUUUUCAUAAGUUUUUUUCUUAAUUUCGUUACCUAUAGUAAUUUUUUUUUCUCGUUCUGUA